AUGCUCUCAUAUCAAAUUUCCAAAAACCCUAACUGUUCAUCGUUUCCAACUUCUUAUGCAUUAUCUGCAGUGGCUGCUCCUCAACACAUUGUUGAUCCAACAACAACAAAUAAAGACGAAGUUUGGCAACUGAUGAUGAAGAUCCAAACCACUAAUCUUCAUCUGGUUCCAUUGAUUGAUCAAUAUCCGGAGCCAUUAGAGAUGCUUGUUCAAACCCCGAACAACUCUGUAUUAUCAACUACAUUUUCAUCCUUGUUUGUUGUUUCGAUGGAAUGGCUUUCUCUUACAGGUUCCACUGUUGUCUUCAACAAAACGACUAAGGUGGUCACGUUUCAGUUGAUGAAUUUAAAGAUUAAGAAGCUUACUCGGAAGCAAUUUGCCCAAAUCAUGAAGUUGCCAGUGUCAGGUACUUUCUAUGAAGUUUCAACUGAUCAGGUGCUUCAUAUGUUUAAUGAAAUGAGGGAAUCAACCAAUUCUUACUGGAAUAAGUCACUUUAA